GGGUGGUGAGAGUGAGGGAGGCGAAAGUUGAGUGGGUGGCGGGGAGCUAUAUAAACAGAAGCAGGAGCGACUGUUAUCAGACUGACUCGCACACGGGAGCGGAGCUGAGAGCAGGAGUGUUAGCACGGAUGCUGAGGGAGGAAUCGCAGCUACGGGUGUCAGAGCAGCAACCACUAGCGGUGCAACCAGUGCCACAGCUGUGACCAUCGGUUUAACCGAGGCUACCGAUUCAGCCAGCAAAGAGCAGAGCCAGGCCCUCGACGACACGAGCCUUGCUGUUGGGCCGCAGCCUUUGGGGCGCUCCUUGACCACGGGCACUCAAGAAAGAGCGUCGAGAAGCAGCGCUCCGGUCACCCAGCCCCCACGUCGCAUGCCCACGGCCGCCCGCCCCAUGGAGACCGUUGGAUUGCACGUGCUGCCCCCUCACCUGCUGGCAUCGGCCAUGGAGGAGUUCCCCCAGCAGUUGCCCGUGCCCAAGGGCCCCGCCCGAGGGCGCAGCCGACCCCGGCGGCCCCGCGAGGCGCGCUUCAAGACGCAGCCCGUGACGUUCGCCGAGAUCGCCGAGGUCGAGGAGGAGGGCGUGUCGCCGCUCGAAGAGGAACGGGCACGGCGAUCCUUCCUGCAGUCGCUGGAGAACCUGCGAAGGAGCACCCAGGCGCUGCACUGUCCGGCCCGCUGCCCCCCCACAGCCACGCCAACCCAGGCCAGCCUGGACUCGAGCGACUCGGACUCGGCGCACUGAAAGCACCGGACGCCCCAAACCCGCACCCCCACCGCUGCCGUCCCGUGUUCGCUGCUUCACACUGAAGCCCAAAUAACUGGACUGGACAGUUCGUCUCAACUUGUCAUAGAUGAACUUGCGUAAAAUGUUUCCAAAAAGCAGUUCCGAUGCAUGUGAGGCGUUUGAAAGCUGCGCUCAUGUGUCACUGGCUGCUUCCAUAGUCCUAAUGUCGCGCCUGACCUGUGUCACUGUGAUGCUGUUGAGAUACUUUAAUUCUUCCUAAAUAUUCCUGUUUUACUCAGUGAGUCCAUGGACCUUAGUGGAUGCGUGUGUGGGUCACAGAGAUGGCUGGGUGGGCUCUUCUGGGUGGCUCUCGUGCACACUUACGGCCCCCAUCGCUCUUGUUCGAAAUGUAACAGUACAGUUCUUUAAGUGCAGGGGCUACGUCAGGAGGAUUGUGGGUAAAUUGUACGGCAGGUAACGGGGACAGAAAUACUCGCCUGUUAUUCUUGUAGAGUCAAGAAGCGUAUCCUUAAGGAAAGUUCUGAUUUAUCUCCCAUUUUUUUUACACUGAAUUCUGCAAAUAUUAUUUGUUGCUUUAAAAACAUAUCUUUCUAUUACUGUUUUGCAUUUACAACAUUUUUAAAGUUGUUUCGCAUUUGCUAUAAUAAAUAUUUCCGUAUGAA